AGCGCACGGCAAACUUUUUGUUUUAUCUUCGAUACGUCACGCGGGGGCGCGAACGUCAACAACCACGAAAAGAUGCGAGUUGUGCUGGAGUUGUAGAAGGUCAUCUCCCGCUCGCUUGCAUUUCUUCUUUCCUCUUCUUUUCCACCUCUCCUUCCUUCGCGUGUGUGUGUGUUUCUCUGUUUCCUGGACCGCAUCUGCUUCUUUCUUUUGUCUUCUUAUCAUCCCUUCGCCUUCUCACUUAGUCCAUAUACUUUUGUAUUCGGCUUCACAUCCAUAUAUCGGCCUCGCUCUCCGCUUCUGUAGCUGCUGUUGGUGGUGCUGGCAGCGGUGGUGGUGGUGCGCUCCUCUUGAAUCCGCUGUCGUCAGCUCAGUCGUUUUGUAGCUGUGCUGCUGCUGCUGCUGCUGCUUCCUCCCGCAGAUUGGGCUGCGGAAAGGCUGAGGCGGGGAAAGGCAAGAAAAUCCAAAAGCUGUUCCCCCAAAGCUUGCUGCUUUCCUUUUCCUUGAACGGAAGAAGCAAGAGAGAAACGAUGGAGAAGUACGCGCACCUCCUCGGGCUGAAGCGGCUCGGGCUGUGGCGGCGUGCCGACCGCCCAGACGUCUUCGUCGACAAGCACUACUCCCGCGACAACCACGUCCGCUCCGUCCGUAAGUUUGUGGAGUUCCUCGACCAGCGCCACAGCAACGUGUCGAUUGUCGGCCUCCUCACCCACCUUGUGAUGGAGACGGUGUCGGUGGCGUUCUAUGUCUGGACCUCGCAGGUCAGCGCGGCGACCUCCGUGAGGGAGUUCGAGUGGAACGUGCCGGUGUUCAUCGUCGAGGUGGCGCUGAACAUCAUCUUUCUCCUAGAGUGGUUCGCCCUGUUCCUGUUUGAGCAGGACAAGACGGCGUAUUUAGUUUCGUGGUUGUCGCUUGUGAACGCCAUGACGAGUGUGCCGAUGAUCGUCAUUGGCUGCGGCGCCAUACAUCACACCAGCUGGCGCUCUGGCUGGGUGCCGAUGUACCUGCGUGUGUGGUGGAUGCACGACUGUUUGAUUGUACUGAUCGACUACCCGAUUAUCGCGCAGCACAUGGUGGAUAUCUGGCGAGAGAUGGUCCGCUUCUUCAUCCACGUCUUCGCCGUCCUCUGCACUUGCAUCGGCACGCAUCAGAUUGUGGAGUCCUGCACGGGGCACUACAUGGACUUGUACGACUCGCUGUACAUGAUGGUCGUCGGCUUCGGCACGAUUGGCUACGGCGAUGUGACCCCCCUCACUACCCCGGCGCGCCUCUUCAUGAUCGUCUUCCUCAUCAUUGGCAUUAGCUUCUUUCUUCCGAUGUUCCAGCGCCUGGCGAUCAUCGCGGAGCGCGGUCAGCUGUACAACACCUUCAACGGUGGUGGCUCGGCGACGUGGCUGCUGAGCGAGUGGCGGCACCAGCACGUCAUCAUCUGUGGCCAGUUCUCUGAUCUCGCGGUGGACCUGCUGCUGAAGAACUUCUACGCGGGCUGGCGGAUGUACCUCGACACCUGUAUUGUGCUCAUGUCGCCCGAGGAGCACUCCGCCGAGGUGCGGCUGAUGGCGAACCUGCCGUGGUUGAAAGGCCGUGUGACGCUCAUGGUGGGGGACCCGGCGCGCUCCAGCGAUCUGGACCGCGCCAAGGCACGCCACGCCGAUGCCAUCUUCCUCUUCGGCGAUGCCCGGUCCUCUGCCUAUUACCAGGACUACACCACGAUCGCGCAGUCCAUGGCGGUUAGUCUCUACGACCGCGACCUUCCACAGCACCUGCUGCUGCGCCGCAACCGCACAGUGAAGCAGAUCGGUCCCUACGCCGCCAGCGUGCUGGAGUGUGAGCGGCUGCUGCACCACCUGCUGGGUCUCUCGAUGGCCCACCCGGGCGUUGUGCCGCUGGUGGUGAACCUCCUGCGCACCUACGAGUCCCUCCCGAUGGACACGACGCUCUCGCGGCACUGGGUGGAGCAGUACGAGUACUCCCUGCGGAAUGACUUGUACGGGCUGGAGAUUCCAGACGCGCUGCGAGGGCGGGAGUUCCGCCUGCUGGCCCGCGCCUUCUUCGAGAAGGACGUGACGCUGAUCGGCAUCCUCAACGUGCGCAACGUCGUGCAGCUGAACCCGCGGGAGCUGAUCCCCAACGCGAAGAAGCUGCUGCUAAUUGCGAAGACGAUCAAGGUAGCUCAGGAUGCGACGGACGCCAUCUCGCGCAACUACGAGCAGACCUUCGGAGAGGAGAUGCUCGUCGCGCCGGACCUCGACGAGCACGACCGACGCAAGCGGCGUCGCCUGCUGACGCACCGCAGCAGCAGUCUGAGCGACGAGGAAAUGGAGGAAGAGGAGGAGGAGGGGGGAGGAGGGAGGGGGGAAGGGGAAGGAGAUCUACGCUCCACGGAAGCGCAGUCCUGA